AUGGAAGGAUCACUAUCGGAUCUGUUACGGCUGUUACAAAGUACCUCAAACGCUGCCGCACCUUCGAUACAACCUCCCGUACCUGUGAAUACAGGGCCUAGUCUUGCUGCAGUUCCAUUACGUCAGGCACCGCAAGCUCCAAGGCCUGCUGCAGCUCUUACUCCUCUUCCUGAUGUUACAAAAAUAAAUACAUACCCAGCUGCUCUGCGAUACAUAUUUGCUCUGUAUUGUCAAUAUCCGCAUGUUUUACAACGAGUAAAAUCCUUAAAAACAGCUCAAGAAAAAAUGGAACGCGAUUGGUAUAUGAAAAGACAUCGUCUACUUCAAAAAUUUAAAUCACAAGAUGAACUCAAUGCAAUAUUAAAGCCUUUCACUGGUGCCGCCACAUCGAACAAUUCUAAUGCACAGGUUACCGGCUCCAAGGAGCGUUCUGGUAUUCGUGUGGAUCCGAGUACCCCGUCAAACGUAUCUGGGCUGACGCCCGAACAAGAGCAGGAGCUUUUAGAUUUUGACAAGAACGUUGUCAACGCCUUUGACAGUCUUCAUCACGAACAACUUGAGGAACUUUCGCGGUUGCGCAUUCCAAUGUUCCUUUCAACGUCUGAGGAUUCAGAAAACGAGGAACGGAAAAAGGUGCUGCAACUCUUACAAGACCUGUUGGGUGAUUAG